UACGGUUGUAUGACACCUAUAAAAUUGGUGUGGCAGCCCUGCUGGGUGCUAACAGAGGUUCAAAGUCCUAAGUUUUCGAAAAUCUAAAAACAAUGCUCGGCCACUAUAAAUACAUCAUUCGAACAAUAGGCGUUCGAUACCUACAAAAUGUUUCUUAUAUUCAGGGACAAGAACCGGAACCCAAAAUUAGGGAAUACUUCUACUACAUAGACCACCAAGGAAUGUUGUUUUUAGAUGAUGCCAGAAUGAAGAAUUUCACGUCUUGCUUCAAAGACAAGAAUUUUUUACGGUUUUUCUUCAAUCAACUUAAACCAAACAACACCAACCGAUACAAAGAGUUUCCAUUUUUAUCACUGUGUGGACGAGAAAGAAACUUUGUACGCUGCGAUGACUGUCCUAUAGUUUUCACACAAGUUUUGCGAAAUCUUGCUAUUGGAAGUGAAGAAACUCGUCUGUCUUACAAUCAUGCUGGAGAUUUUCUAACAAUGAAAUUUCAACCAGAUAAGGUUAUCAUGUUGCCGGAAACGGGUAGGGUGUAUCAUCCAGCUCCUGAAAGAGUCGGAUCUAUUGGCUUGGUGGGGUACAAGUUGGCUAUCGACUUCAGCAAGCUUUUCAGAUUUGAAAACGGAGAGUCUAACCCCCCUACUCAUUUUACAUUUGAUGGUGUCACUUACGAUUUGGAUUUGGACUGGUACAAAAUGAAAGGCAAAGGAAAAAUGUAAAUGUUAGUUGUAUUUGUAAAUAUAAAGUGCUAAUGUAAAUAUUUCAAAUAUGAAUAAGUCGAAGAAUAAAGCUCUACAAUUAUUGCAAUGUCUAA